UCUGAUCCCAGGACCAGUACUGGUUUGCCCAUCUAUAGGUACCUGUUAGUGGCUAACUGAAAGUAUACUCCGUACGUGUCUCAUCGUUCAAAGAACCCAUGGACUCGGGGGUUUGGCUUUGGGUCCCCUUUUAAAGGCGAACGUGUAAGCUCUCGACUACCACAAGAUAUCAUCUUUUAGACAUUUUCAGACCUAUAUCGAAAGUUACGAUAAUAUAAACAUUCCAUCAUACUCUUAUCGCAUUACGCCAAAUUCCAUUUCAAUUGCAUAAACAUGGCAUUCACACGCUCCUCAACCGGCCACUCCAAGCCGCGCGUGCAACUCAACAUCUCGACGGAGCCGGAGCGCAGACGCACAACCACCAAGCACACCACCACAACGACCGGGCGCCGCGGCCACCAUGCCGGCAUGACAACGCAGCCGGCCACGCACCACCACCGCAAGCCGCAUCUGAGCGACAAGAUCAAAGGUGCCGCCAAGAAAUUAAAUGGAACGUUGACGCGCAGACCAGGCAAGAAGGCCGCCGGCACGCGGCAGAUGCGCGGCACGGACGGCAAGGGGAGUCGGGUUACGAGGGUUUGAAGUGAAAGAUGUGGAUGGUUUUCGGAUCAUUUGAGAUACCUUCGUUAAGUUCUUUUGGGAAUUAUGAUUGGGUAUGUAUGGGCGGUUACUUGCCACGUUAGAUGGUCUUGAGGUUAUUGGACUGGGUAUAUAUAGGGGAUACAAAUGGGAACCGGGCAACGACAUAUACCAUGCGAUGACACUGGAUUGGAUAAGGUUAUUCCUAUGCAUCAACUUGUAAUUGUCUUUGGCUUCGAGGCUAUCUGUCGUAUAAAGAGUCAUUUGGAGGCAACACUCUGAAUGAGAUCAACUAUACUCUAACCCUGGUUCGGGCAUUUUCAUCUUGCGUGAAGGGGCUGUCGUGAAUGCACACUUUCCAACUCGACCCCUGAUUUCCACGACUCCCCAUUGGACUGGGAGAAGAUAACCGU